CCUCCCGGUUCUGUCGGUUGAGGCGAGCCGAGAGUAAAUAGAAGCAGGAGCCCAAAAUGGCGGAGUUGCCGAGUCCUGUUCGUGGCGCGGCGUCGCCCGAGCAGGAGCCGUUUGGUGCCAGGCCGGCUCCGGACGCGAAGGCUUCCCGUGGGUCCCAGCCAGCCGCCAAGAAGAUGAAGGGAGCCGAUGAGAGGAGCCUGAAGGGCACCAAGCGCGUCAACGGUGAAGGGGGCGGCGGCGGCGGGAGCGGGAAGCAGGCGCUGCCGCUGCCGGCGGUCGUGCCGAGCUACAGCAACCCCGCGGCGUGGGGCUUCCCCGCGCUCCCCUCUGGCCCCUCCGCGGGCGCGGGGGGCUUCGCUUUCCCUUCUCAGCUGCCCCGGAAGCUGCUGUCGCCCGCCGUUCUGCUGCCGCCGCCCGCCUCCCCCUCCUCCUCCUUCCAGCAGCACCAGCACCGCCACCACCGGCACCGCCUGGCUCCGGCCGCCGAGGCGGGAGGCUGCGGCAGCGGCGGGGCGGCCGGCGGCGGGAGCGCCAAGCCGAAGAGGCCGAAGGAAAAGCGGGACAAGGAGAGGAGGAAGCACGGGGCGCUGCCCGUGGUCGCGGCGGUGGGAGAUGGCGGCGGGGGCCUGAGCGCGGCGGCCCGGGAGGAGAACGGAGAGGUGAAGCUGCUGCUGCCCAAAGCUCAAAUCAAAGACAAAAUUAAAGAAAGGGAAAAGAAGCAAAAAGAGAAGAAGAAGCACAAAAUAAUGAAUGAAAUCAAGAAAGAAAACGGAGAGGUCAAAUUAUUGCAGAAAGGUGGGAAGGAGAAACCAAAAACCAAUGCAGAAGAGCUACAGAUUAAAAAAGUUAAGAAGAAAAAGAAAAAGAAACAUAAAGAGAACGAGAAGAGGAAGCGCCCAAAAAUGUACAGCAAAUCAAUUCAGACCAUUUGCUCAGGAUUGGUUUCUGAUAUUGAGGAUCAGGAAGCCAAAGGCAUCAUAGAUGAUCAUCUUAAGGAUUUCAGUGGGAAAAAUAUGGAUCCCAAGAAGGACUGUGAGUCCAAGAUACCAGAGAACAGUGAGUUUCCAUUUGUCUCGUUAAAGGAGCCACGGGUUCAAAAUAAACUCAAAAGGUUGGACACAUUGGAGUUCAAACAGCUGAUUCAUAUUGAGCACCAGCCUAACGGAGGUGCAUCAGUUAUCCAUGCCUACAGUAAUGAACUCUCCCACUUAUCUCCUGUGGAGAUGGAGAGAUUUGCAGAAGAGUUUGUGGGUCUGGUUUUUAGUGAAAAUGAAAACUGUGCAGCUUACUAUGUAAUGGGUAUUGUUCAUGGGGCAGCUACUUAUUUACCUGACUUUUUAGACUACUUUUCGUUUAAUUUUCCCAAUUCACCAGUGAAAAUGGAGAUUUUGGGAAAGAAAGAUAUAGAGACAACGACUAUGUCAAAUUUUCAUGCUCAGGUAAAAAGAACAUACUCUCAUGGUACAUAUAGAGCUGGCCCAAUGAGACAGAUCAGCCUGGUUGGAGCAGUUGAUGAGGAAGUGGGGGAUUACUUCCCUGAAUUUCUUGAUAUGUUGGAAGAAUCACCCUUCUUAAAAUGUACACUGCCGUGGGGAACACUUUCUAGUUUAAAAUUAGAGAGUCGUAAAGACAGUGAUGAUGGUCCCAUUAUGUGGGUACGUCCAGGAGAGCAAAUGAUCCCUGUGGCUGACAUGCCAAAGUCACCUUUCAAAAGGAAGAGAACUACCAAUGAAAUAAAAAACUUGCAGUACCUACCUCGAACCAGUGAACCCCGUGAAAUGCUAUUUGAAGACCGGACACGAGCCCAUGCAGAUCACAUAGGACAAGGUUUUGAACGCCAGACUACAGCAGCUGUGGGAGUAUUGAAGGCUGUGCACUGUGGAGAGUGGUCUGAGCAGCCUCGUAUAACCAAAGAUGUAAUUUGUUUUCAUGCUGAAGACUUCUUGGAGGUAGUUCAGCGAAUGCAGUUAGAUUUGCAUGAGCCUCCACUCUCACAGUGUGUCCAGUGGGUUGAUGAUGCAAAACUUAAUCAGCUGCGAAGGGAAGGCAUUCGAUAUGCCAGAAUUCAGUUAUUCGAUAAUGACAUUUAUUUUAUCCCAAGGAAUGUUGUGCACCAGUUCAAAACAGUUUCAGCUGUGUGCAGUUUGGCUUGGCACAUCCGGCUCAAGCUGUAUCAUUCAGAGGAAGAACUUUCUCAAAAUACAAGUACUGUUGAAGCAGAGACCUCUGCAGACCUCAAGUCUUCGGUUAUCGGACUUCAGACUGACAGUGGAAUUUGUACAAUGAGCAAAAAUACCUCCGAAGACACCAAAUUUUCAGAUGCUCUGCAGACAAAGUAUCUGCAGCAGGAAUUUCUGCCGAUAAAACACGAACCUAUUGCAUCUCACCGAAUAAAAGAAGAGCCCAUGAAUGUUGAUCUUACUGAAAAGAUAGCGACAGCCAAUGAUGUCGGGGCCCAGAACGUUCAGACUAGGUUGGAUCACAUUGAAUUGACGGCAUUUAAGUUGGAAGUGGAUUCUAAAUGUGAACCUGGCACCAAGGACUUACAAGGCAAGUUAUGCCCUGGAGGUCACGUACAUCCAGAUGAUACAAGACAACAUAGUUCAUCAUACCCGAAACUGCAUGGACAAAGAGAGGAUGAUUUUUUGUGCUAAAUUUGUAUAUACGGUUUUAAAUUCCUUUUUAAAUUUAAUGAUGUAAUAAUGUAAAGAUUCAUAAAUUCUGUGAGGUAAGUUUGUGACUUGCCUUCACAUCUGUUACAGAAAUAGUUAUGUAGCUUUGUAACAUUCCUCAGUGCCUGUCCAUAACUGUGAAGUAUCAAAGCACUUAGGGCCAGAUGCACUGUAAACACUGCAGGUUUAACAUAAAGAAGUCUUUAAAUAAUUUUGAGUUGUAGGUUUUAGAGUAGAGCUGACAUUUAACAUAUAUAUUUUUUGUAAGAUGAGCCAGAAUUCUUUUUGACAAUUCCAGGCUUUUCCAUAGAGCUUAUUUAUACCAAUUUUUUCAUUUUAAAUGUGUCAGCACUGUAGUGUAAAUAUCUUUUUUAAAAAUCUUUUUAGUGUGAUUUAUACUGAAAUGUGAGCCGCUUAAUAAAGGUUCAUAAUAACAGAUUGGUUUUAUUUUUGGGUCUGCAAAAAAUAAUUCAGUUAAACUGCCUCUCUACAUGGUUAUGUUUCUACCUGCACUAAGACAUAGGAUGCCCUUACGCCGUUGUGGGGUGAGGAGCUGUAGUGAGCUGAGGCAUUCUUUGUAAAUCAGGAUUAGUCAGGAUGUGAAAUCGGUCCUCCCUGCGCAGGAUUCCUUACAGUUGCUCACUGAGGGCCCUGCCCCACUCCUGCUGUCAGAUGCUGAGGUGGAACUGAGAGGCUAAGCUUGCCCUGCCGUGGAGGGCGGCUGGGCACCCCGGGGGCUCCCGUAACUGCACGCAUCUCUCUGGAUGAGCUGGUGCAAAGGAGCAAGCUCCCCUCUGUGCUUGCCUCUUCCCCCUGCUCAAGCCACAGUGAAGACAGUUCCAUUUCACAUUAAAAACAACAGCAGCAACCACCCCCUUGACUUAAAUCAGUUAUCUGACUAAAAUUUAAACAAAGGGUAUUUAAGUGGUUACUUACCAAGCUAUAAAGGCCUCAGCUUUAGCAGUGACCUGUAAUUCACUGAGACACAUCUGGAUUUGAAUUGCUCCCUGUACUUGACAGUGCCAGGCAACAAAGAUACUUGCCAGUGUGUCUAGUAGGAAGAUUCCUCACAAGUCCCACUUCAGAAGCAAGAGUUGUUUCAUUAAAAAAAUAAGAGUGGUGUCCAAGUUAACCGUUCUUCUCUCUCUCUGCCUAUGGAACGCUUGAAUUCUCUGAAGCUGUGUUCUGAGGGAAGAGGAUUUCAAGGCUAGGUAGCAUCUGGUGUGGUGGUGGCAAAAACUCUGUCAUUUAACUUAUUUAAUUCUUUGUGUAACAUAUUGCUGUAUAGUUCAAACACAUCUGAAUGAUAUUUUUUUUUUCAGGUAGCUACAGAUACAGAUAGCAGUAAACUGCCAUACAGCCUGUCCUUCAAUUAAGUAUUUAAAACUUAAGAGCCUAGGUCUGGUGUUAUUUCCGAAGCCCUUUGUGUCGCUGAGUUUUUGUUUGGGUUUUUUUAUUUUUAUUUUUCCCUAUAACUUUGAGAGCUGUACAUCCGUACCUCCCCAGUUUAUAACCUUUUGAUGCACUUAGUGAUCACUUUGGCUUCAUUUGUAGCAAUAGGACAAUGUGAUUUGCAGGUGAUGUCUAAUUUGGUUACCCAAGGCCCUUCUGUUGAAAACAUUUUUUGCUUAUAGGUUUUUAAAAUUCAAAAUGUUACUCUGUACUUGGCACUAAAAUCAGCCACCUAAUGGAUGAGUGCCCUGAUUUGUUUAAAUUUAAAAUAGGUCUGUCAAGGAAUUAUUUAUUAAAUCAAUAUUUGAAUUGCUAAAUGUUACUCCUAUAUAGCCAUAAUGAUGUAUUAGAGGAGCAAUAGAAACAUGAAUCUCUUGGAUGUGGCUAACAUGUCCUCAAGUCUUACUGCUAUUUUCUUUCAUGCUGACUUAAGAGAUUCCUACCAGUUUGGCACCCUCAGGGAUCUUGCUUUCCCCUCACACCUUGAGCAAAUGAUUCAUGUGUGACGUGGUAAGUUACUACUCUAGCAGGUUCUGAUUUGAAAAACUAAUCAGUUCAUGUAAGAAUUUGAGCCUUCCUGACAGAAGCGUGGUCUCUGCUACCUUUGUGUUUUCUGGAUUAUCUGGAAACUUCCACCCGUAAUCUCUUUGGCUUUAUGAACAUCCGUACACAACUAUGGAGCCUUCUACCCCCUUCUCGGUGCCAGCCCUUGGAGAGCAGUAAAAGAGAAGAGCUGCAGGUUGUAGUUUGCACCAAGCAUGCAGCUUUCCGAGUGGGUGAGCGAAAGGCUCCAUCUUUAUCAAAACCAGCCUUGCCAGAUACUGCUUUAAAAAAAAAAAAAAAAAAAUUAAAACCCCCUAUUUAGUGUAUGUAGGAAAAAAAAAAUCUUAUUUGUGUGGUGGUGCUCGUGUGCUGAUCGUUCAUUCUGGUUCAAGUAGUUUUUUCUAAAUUUGCCAGAUUUUAGUAAAGUGUAUGCAUCCCCCCUGACAGCAAACAACUUUCUGCACCAUAGACCCUGUCCAGACUGAAAAAAUAAAUCUUAGAAGAUGGUUUAGCAAACACGACUUUAUACUUAAGAGUAGAACUUUGCUUCCUUUUGAAGACCUGCUCAGUGGUCUUGGCUGAUGUGGCCUCAAAGUUCUGCUCAGGUAGGUCUUCUAAACUGCUUCCAUCUUCGACCUAUUUUUUCUUUUUUUUUUUUUUUUUAAAUCACUUUCAGGAUGUUAGAGAUUAAAAGUAAAUGGCAGUUUUUGCAACUUUUAUGCAUCCUUUAUUCUUGAUUUUUGAGAUAGACUAGAUUCUCCUUUUUAGACAGAAUAUGAGGAAAGCCACGGGCAAUCCCGGCAAUCAGAACUCCCUUUGCAUUCAAAGGUGGGAGCAGGCUGAGCGACUGGCUGUAUUAGCAUAUGCUUCUUGCUGUGCUUUUUUUAAAGAAAAAGAAAAAAAAAAAAAAGCUGUUGUCCUCUGCCUGCGGUGUAUUCCUUUUGAUGUGGUUGCUCUUUAAGAGGGGAGUAUCUUUUCUGAGAACUUCAGCUCCCAAAUUGUUCGUUAGUCUGACAAAGGUCUCGCUUUGGUUUCAUGUGGUCUGUGCUAUAACCUUUAUUCCUGCCGCAUACAACUUCGUAUUCAGACUUUUGCUUCAGCAAUAAAUCUUUCAUGCCUUCUGAUGUACUGGAUCUAGUCUUUGCUUAUUGCUCCCCGCCCCCUUCCUGGAUUUCAGUGACAUAUAAAUCUUUCUGUUAUUUCGGCUGAAAUCUCCAGUGUUUUAGUUGUCUCUCUUGGCCCUUGUUCUUCUGCAGAUUGGAAAAAUCUGCUCAAGGCCUGUCGCCCGCACUGCAGUGGUAUCGGCGUCCGUGCGUUUGCAGCGGUGCUCCACUUAAUGACGUGAUGUGCAGAAAUUCAGACAUGUUUUCCUAGACACUGGUACUGUAUCUGUGGGUAGCAAAGCAUUGCAUUGUUACUGUCACCGCCAAUAGCUUUCAACAUGGUAGCUACAUUUUUUUUUUUAAAUUAGUGGAUCUUUUGCAUUUCACUGGCAACUGACUUCAUGUGUUACAUACAAGUGUUACGCAGUGUUGUGUCAUCCCCCAGCCCUCCAAAUGCCUGCGAAUUGACUCUGAAACAGCAUUUUCAUUACAGGUACUGCUAGCAUGCAGAUUUUUCCUUCCUUGUUACUAUAGUGAAUAUUUCAAUACUACUUUAACUGAAAUAUUAAUUCUAUUUAGUAUUAGAAAUAAAGUAUUAUUUCAGAGGGUGAUGAUUUAAGUAUUCAUCUGUGAAAGAAUUCCUUGGUGAUAAAUAAAAUUGAUUUUUAACCAGAUAUACAUGUGCGCAGUAAAUUAGUUGGCAUUGCAAAUGAUGUAGGAAAUGGAAACAUAAAAUCGUAGAAUGCUGUGAAACUGAUCCAAACCAUUUGGAAAAUUGAAUAAGUCUGUCAAGGACCACAGGACUGGUGUUCACUGAUCAAAAUGACUGUCUGCUCGUAUCCGCGUGUGAAUAAGGAUGCUGAAUUGAUUGAAAUAAAUCCAUGUUUUCUCCAUGCUCAUUGGCAAAGUGACGUGUUGUGAGAUAGCAGACUACCACCUGACCCUGCUAGGAUGAGAACUGUACUGAUUCUGACCGAGGGAGAAGAGAACUGUGCAGGCUUCUCAGGUGUAACUGUAUCCGUGUUUCCUAGUGGUCGGGUAGGUAGCGACGCUUGCCUGUAGGCAGGCCGGCGCCUGCUACCUGACCGUGAAUGUAUACGGGUUGCGAGGGACUCGCGUUCGCUGACCUGCGCUUCGCUGUGAAUGACGCUGUUGAGAAUGUGUUCUUUGAUUGUGAGUCGCUGUGUUCAACUGGUGUUGUGUUACUUUCUCAAGCGGAUGAAAUGCACUUUACGAACUGUAUAAUAGCUGAUACCGAGACUUUGUGCAGAUCCCACCGAGUCUGCAGCAUACGUGGGAAAAUCUGGGACGCUUAUCAUCAGCCACUCAUUUCAUUUUUCUUAGAAAUGCAGAUUAUUUUGUGCUCUGUUCAGAAGCAGCGAUUAACUUCACAAUGUCCAGGUUGCUAUUUCUAUUAGAAUCAUCAGGGAUACUGACUUGGCAAAUUUAGUGUAUUAUAUUCUAACCACUGUUUUUUCUCUGUGCUAUGUUGCUAAUAUUUCCUCUGCUUUGGAGCUGUCCUGUACUUGAGUCCCAGCUAAACACUGAGCUUCUCGUGUUCUGGUCAUGCUGGUAGAUAAGCCUACUGAUGAGGGCGUUAGUCCUAAAUAGUCCUUUAAUAUUUGGUGUACAGUUAUGAUAAUCUGAUACAAUCGUUGAUUAAAACAGCAGUUUAAACUUC